AUGAAAACGUUCAUACUUCUUGUUAUCCUCAUUGGACUUGUUGCCGCAAUGAGAGAUCAAUCGAUUGCUGUCAAAGGAAAACUUGUAUGUGGACCAAAACCAGCAUCUCAAGUACGAGUGAAACUAUGGGAAGAGGAUUCUGGACCAGAUCCAGAUGACCUUCUUGAACAAGGAUACACCGACGGAAACGGAGAGUUCAAUUUGAAGGGAGGAACUGCUGAAUUGACUGAUAUCGACCCAGUUUUCAAAGUUUAUCAUGCUUGUGACGAUAGUAAAUUGAAGCCAGGACUCAGAAAGAUUCGUUUCAAGCUUCCAAAGUCUUAUAUCACAAGUGGAAAGAUUCCAAAGAAGACGUUUGACAUCGGAACUCUCAAUUUGGAAACCAUUUUUGCCGAGGAGGAAAGAGAAAUUCUUCCAAAAUAA